AUGGCGACUGUAAGCUUUGCCUCGCGGGGCACCAAGCUGCUCAACCCCUCCCAAGCCAGCGCCAGCUCGCGCGCCGCUGCUCUGCAGCACUGGGAAGAUGGCUCCCUCCGCAGCGUCUCUCUGCGGAAGGUUCCGCGCGCGCAGCCCCACGCUUCUAGACGCGCGCAAGCGGCAGACAACAAGGGGCGGAAGCCGCUGGUGGUGAAAGCGCUGGUGGAUGUUGACUCCAUCGACGCCGUCAAGUUCGACUCGCUGGUUCGGCGCCGCGUCGUCUUCGGCCAUGACGAAUGGAAGAAGCACAAGUCGAGCGGGCGCUACUUCCGCCACAUCAAAACCAUCCUCACCUCCAAGGUCAUCGGCGCGCUCGGCCUGCCCGUCGGCGUCAUGACCGGAAUCGCAACCGCAAUUUGCGGGUGGAACGAGCUCGCAGGCAUGGGCGCGCUCCCAGAAUGGGCUCCGAUUCUUCACAUCUCCAACCUCCCCUUCACACUCACCGCGCCUGCGCUCUCCUUCCUCCUGGUUUUCCGGACCAACUCGAGCUACGGGCGCUUCGACGAGGCGCGCAAGAUGUGGGGGCUCAUGCUGAAUCGCACGCGCGACAUCACGCGACAGGCGCUGUCGUACAUGGCGCGCGACGACCACACGUACGAGUACCCGAAGCGCGCGCAGUUCAUUCGGCACCUGCAAGCGUUCCCGCUCGCGUACAAGCACCACUUCCUGCAGGAGGGCUCGCUCGAGGAAGAUCUCCGUCAAUUUACGACGCUGAGCGACGCGGAGAUCAAGGGCGUGCUGGGCGCCACGCAUCGCCCCAACUACGUGCUGCAGAUGAUGUCGGAGUGCAUGCGCUCCUGCACCAUGGAACCCGCUCACCGCCUCGCUAUGGAGGCCAACUUCGCCACGUUCGCUGAUGACGUGGGAGGCAGCGAGAGGCUGUUCAAAACGCCCAUCCCACUCUCCUACACGCGCCUCACCUCGAGAUUCCUCGAGGUCGGCGUGAUCAUCGAGAAUCCGUUCCCCAUCCUCGCCCUCGAUGUCAUCGCGCAAUCCGCGCGCAACAAUGCCGCGGAGUUGGUGUCGCUGCACGAGGGUAUUCGCGAGCUGGUGGCGGGCGACGAUUUGGAGAUGAAGAUGCUGUCGACCGUUUCGCAGCAGGCGCUGCUGCCUUCCGAGCCUGCAUUCGUCGCCGAGCCUGAACCAGAGUACUCCUCGGAUUGGGAUGAGGAUGUUGCGGCUCUUGUCUCUCCGCCCAACUCUCGUUAG